GAGCCGGUUUAUUUACGUUGUGUGCUUUGUGAGCUGUUGAGAAAAUGGAAGUAAUUUAUUUCUUUCUCACUCUCUGUUCCUUUCUGAAUUUAGCAUCAUCACAUCAAGCAGUGAAACACCUUUUUAUGUCUGAUUUGGCACCGUAUGAUUCUCCUCAUGGGCCCGAGCAAAUUCACAUUUCCUUCGGAAAUAUUCCGAGUGAAAUGACAAUAAUGUGGUCGACCUCGAAUUCAUCGGAGUUUGCCAGUUCGGUCGUCCUCUAUGGCUUAGCGCCGAAGAAUUAUUCUCUUGAAGGCAGGGGAAAAUUUGUUUUAUUUACUGAAGGAAAUCCGGAUGGACUGAAAUACAUUCAUCGCGUUGUUCUUCAGGUAAGAGCCACAGAAGUGUUUUAAAACAAUGGUGACUUAAUUCCCAAUCGAUCGAGCGUAAUUUCAAAGUUUUCAGUUUUGAAGCGGUUUUCAAUAGCCUAUGAUGGUAACUGUUUUUAGACACAAAGUAUUGUACUGGCUCUGUCUGAAGGUCUUUUGCAGUCAGUUAGUUUAUUUUGUUAAGACUGGCCUCAACAGGAAAUGGACCAGUUGUUGACGAUUCAUCAAGCGAUAGUUUACACUUUCCAUCGCGUGGGGUGCUUUAUGUAAUUGCAUGAAGUAAAUAAGUGAUUGGUGAUAAAGUUACCAACACGUGAUUUAAACCGUUUUAGUAAAGGUAAUAUGCGGCUUCUUUGAAAACAGCAAUUUGAAACAUUCUACUUUUGGCAAUUGGUUCUGAUCAGAUUCAAUAUGUAUUAGUAUACAUUUAGAAGGCCGCAAAGCACAUUGUGUAACUCGUUCUUGAAUUUGGCGAAUUUAUCAGGCUGCUACUGGCUACGCAUUGGUAAUCCUCUUCUCAGUUUUAAGAAGAUUUAUUGCCAAUGUCAAUAUAACAAGUAGUCAAAUGAAAAAAGGGGGUAACUUUCUGAAGAAAUUGUGUUUGAUCUGUGUAACAAAGUUUGGUUUUAACAACCGAUUGAAUAAUGUAAAUUGACCACCGUAAAGAGUUUCUCAGCUAAGAAACUCUUUACGGAGGCUAAGUUUCAUUAUCAACUCGUUUUAUAAAACCGAAAUACUCAGAGCCUUCCUUACUUAAUGGUUGUGUAGAGUAAUGGUUGCGUUGACUAAAACUCCAGGUUAAUCCUACAUCAGAAAAAGUAUAAUUUUAGCUAAGGUAUGGGUUGCACCUUGAAUAUUUUUAAAGGACUGUAUUUACUUUUUAAUAAAAAUCUGUUUUCAAUUGUUCCCCAAAUUUCCAGUCAACAAAAACAUUAAUGGUGUUGUAGUGCUUUAGUGGGGCAAAUUUUGAAAAAAUUGAGCUAAACAAUAACAAUAACAGCAGUAUUACUGACAGUGCUUGCUAAUAAAGCAUUAUUGAUAUAACCCUUUAACUCCCAAGAUCUAAUUGUUAAUUCUCCCCUCUAGCUGUUACACAUUUCCUUGUAACUUAGUUAUGAGACCUUAGUGCUAGAUCAAGAUGGCAGCUUCUACAUGAUAAGUUGGAUUAUUCUCAUAACCUGUUUGCUGAAUAGUGUAUGGAUAUUAUAGGGAGAAGUUUUAUGUUGAUAACUUCUGGGAGUUAAAUGGUUAACAUGAAUGGAGAUCAGUUUUAUUUUGUCAGACAAUGUUGAUGUUUUUACACAAAUUAUGUCAAUACUUGAAUGGGGAGCUAAAUGACCCAGAUGUAUGAAAAAGGUAGAUAGCAAGCCAAUUUUUGUCUACAGGUUUUAAGUUAGAUUUUCAACUAUUACCUCUGUUCAAGCUACCAACCAAAUGCAGGCUUCAUUUACUUAUCUUUUCUACACUAAACAGAAUAUAAUAAACUGCCUCUGAUUGAAUAAAAGGAUUAGCACAGUGGUUGAGCAAACUGUUCAAUGGGAUACAAAGCCAUGAUAUCCUAUCAUUGGAGAACAUGAAUAUUAGCCAUCAUGUACUUACUUUCUGGUGUACUCCAGCUUUCAAUGUGUCAAAACAUUUAUAGUUACUUAUAGUAAUAUAACCACUAGCACAACCCUACUUGGUUGACUAACAGUUUUGGCAUUUUACUCAGCAGAGUAGAAAAAUCUUCUCAAGUAAGACCAAUGUUGUAAUUUAACAAAUAUUUCUUAUUUCAGUAAAUUACAAUUAUGGAACUUAUUUUUGAACUUCCUAAGUUUAUGUUUUGUCAAUUCUCCUCACAUGUUUGCUGGAUGUUGUAUUGAAAUUGUUGUGUGGAAUUUAUGUGUUGAUCAUGAUUAUUUUCUUACAUCUAAUGUUGAUAUUUUUUCACUCUUUCAGGGUUUAAUUCCUGGGAUGAAAUACUCAUACCGUGUACAAAGUGGUAGUAACAUUAGUGAUGGGUUUGAAUUCACAGCUAAAAGAGAUGAUGAGGUAAGGUGCUAAAUAUCUCUUGAGCCCCCUCACUCUCAAGAUCUCAUAAGUAAUUCUCCCUACUGAAUGCCAUUCAAUUCUUAUGAUGUUAUGGUGGAGAAUUUGGUAUUCAAUCAACUUUUAAUCACCUUAUUGAUGUUUUUCUUUAUUCUCAUUGCUUAUCAGUAUUGAUAUUGUAAGGAGAAAUUCUGUCUUGGUUACUCAAGAGAGGAUUUAUAAAAAUAAGUAAACAAAGACAACUAAAUAAAACUUUAUCCUAUUUGAAUUGUCUUUCAAGAAAUCUGAAUGCCAUGCAAGUAAUUGACUUGAUUCACAUGUGUUUGGAAUGAGAUUUUGUCCUUUCUCUAAAACACUUACCAAACAAAAUGUUUUGUGUGAUUUUGUCAUUUCUGUUAAGGAUAAAAGACAUUUUAUUAAAAACGUACAGGAAAAAAAUUGGUUGCAACAAAAUAGUUUUGAUUGGUGAUUAGUGCAUUUUAGAUAUUUUAUGUGGCAUGUCCAACUAUUUAACAAUGUGCCCCACUGAAAAUGUAUUUCUGCCUUGUAUCCUUGUGGCAUAAAUUUUUCCAGAGUCUAUGAAAAGUCGAAGAGAGGGUUGAUGUGUUAGUGUGGUGCUCAUCUGUAUACAUGUAGCUUCAGAGCUCUAGGUGACUUAUGAAAUCCCUCUAUCUGCCAUUGUUGCCUGAACAGUUGGAACAGGUAUAACCAAGUUAUGGCUGCUACAAAACAGUAUGGCAAAUGGCUUGUUACCUUAUAAUUAAUGUUUGGCACAAUUUCCUUUGUUUGGCAUUAAAACAGCCUUAAAUUAGACAGUUGUAAUUUUGAAUUGAUAAUUCUCUUAUUUGAUUUGUUAAAUAGGAAGAAUACUUGACUUUUGAUAUCUACAGGCUUGAAAAGAAAAUCUGUAAACAUCAUUUUGAUAAGUGUCAAGAGUUGCUGCUGCUUUGUAUGAAACCUUUUUUCCUUCCCUUCCCAUCAGACCAUUUUAUUAUGUAUUACUAUUAAUUAUUAAUUAUUAUUAUUAUUUAUUUAUGUAACCUUUAUCAGUCAACAACUAUGAUAGUCAAAAAGCUUCUCCAUGAGGAUUUUAAAAACAUUGAGUCUCAUUUGCAGUAAACAUUUCCAUUGUUUGUAUCUAAGUGAUAGUUGAGACACUCUUCUUCAGCCAUCACUGACAAAAAAUUGAGAAUUAGCACAGAACAUUUGGAACCAACCCACUUUCGAUACUUGGUGCAGAGAAUGGAACGUAAUGAAUUGCCUAAGCUUUGGUUAACUUUUCAUUUCUCACCACUAGUAAACUCUAGAAUCAUUCCUAAACACAUAUUUUUUAUUAUUAUUAUCUUGAAUUUUUUUGUUGGUUUACUCAUUUUUUCGUGUUGUACUUAGUAAGAUUGCAUUACUUGUUUAAUCAUAACCAUUACAAUUUCCUCAACUGUGAUUGGCGCAUCAGCUGCUUUGAAUAUCACUAAUCACUUUGAACAGCUGUUAUUGAACAGUGUAAUCGGACAGUCAAAGCAGCCAAUCAUACUAAGUCCACUCAGCUAAAUCCACCACUCACAGAAUUGAUCACAAUGACCAUAGCAACAAUCACUUACCCUGAAAAAAAACUGGGAAAUUUCCAAAUUUUUUGCUUUAGACAUUGUUCCUACUGGAGAUGUUUGUCCUAAAUGUAUUUUUUUUCGCUUCGCGGUCGUCCGAUUUUGUUAAUCACUCGUAUGAUUAAAGACCGAAUUGAACUCCACUCAAUCCUAUCACCAUUAUUAUAAUUAGUAAAGAAGAAACUUUCGUGUGCGUUGUACCAGCAACAACAAAGUGACCUAAGUUUUGUUUUGAGGCGAAUGGAUAUCUCUCUGUCAAUUUCACGAGCACGUAAGUAACACCUUACCCAAUCACGAGCGAGAGUUUUUAUUUUACUGACAUGUGCUUGUCAGUGACUUCGUAGCCACCUUGGCAACACAUUUCGCUCAAUUUGCUCGGCGAUGAUCGAGGCAUCUAGGGCGUCGUCUCCAAAGAACGAAACUCUUCUGGUAGACAACUUUUUAACAAAAUACUGUCAGGACAAAUGAGCGAGACUUCUAGAAAAAAACAGACACACGACAGAAAAGAGCGCAAUCCUACGUGUACGCUCUGCAUCAAUCAUGGAGUCCGAUCGAAAUUCAAGGGUCACAAACGCCUUGGUUGUCCGUUUUUGAGCUGCCACUGUGAGCUGUGUGUAAACGGUCGUCAAAAACGAGUCACUAUGAAAAAGCAAGUUCGUCUUCGGCGAAAGCAAAUGAAAGAUAUCGGAAGAAGGAAUAAUCAGUGCAUUUCACCCGCCGUGGAGCCCACUCGAGGUAACAGAACAAUUUUUAUGUGUUGUUUUUCAUUUCACCGAAUGUCAUUUUUCCUUUGGUGUAAAUCAAGCAUUAUCUUUAUGUACCUUCAUGUCUACAGUUAAAACAGUUAGAGAGUCUAGCGCUUUUGGCUUUGUUUCCUUGGAUUUAAGCUGAUCAUUUAAAUAAACAACAUUCUUUCGGACGUGCUAGUGAAGUUGUUGCAACUUCCAACUUGUUCUCUUUUUAAAAUUGUUUAUUUGAAACUCAGAAGAAAUAUCAGAAACGCAUUUUGUUAAUGGUUUUAUACGCUUAAGGAAAGUUUCUUUCUCUGUUAUUAAAAGUUUUCUUUAAUGGCUAUCAAAUGGUUUUCCAAAUGAACCAAUUUUUUUUUAAACGAAGCUGUUUGAUCAAAUUUGCAGUGAGUUUCUUUCCUACGGUUGUUAAAACUGGAUCGCCUUUCACCGAAGAAUACAGCACCGUCAACGGACUUGAAAAGACAACGAAAAACGGAAAUGGAGGAUUGAUUCAGAGUGUGUCCAACAUUUUGCAUUCUCAGUUCGGGGUCGUUGGACAACAUCCACUCAACUGUAGUGCUUACUUGUCUACACCUUACCAGCCUCAAUGGACCGUAGGGGAUGUUUACCUGGGCGGCUUUCAUUACAACAACUGGCAGGCAUCAGAACGGACAGCCUCUCACUCUGUGAUCGAACCUCUAACAAGCCCUAACUUGGCCUUUUCGGACAACAGCGCUAUUUUGAAGUACCGCAAUCUUUCCCCGAGAACGGAAAGCAACUCCUUCAGUCUCAGUACGUCUUUGGAAGCCGCCGCCGUUUUGGCGUCAUUUGCGGGAAAUCAGAAACACCGAGUGCCGAAACUUUGAGGGCGUUUUAAAAACUUUUUUUCUUCUCAUACUUGCCCUCACUUGUUUCCUUCACUGUUUGUGGUUCUUGUGGGCUGCAAAGGAACUGUUAGCUUUCUGAAAUUGUGGUUUCCGCGAAACAGGAAAUUUUUACUACACCGUUUUUAUGAUAUGUGCACCGUUUUUUUGUCAAUCAUAUAAGAAAAUUCAUUACCUGACGAGGGAAUUCCGUAUUAAAUUGCACGCGAAAACCGAUACGAAUCGUUAAGUUAUAUCGGUUUUCAUGUGCAAUUUAACGCGGAAUUCACGAGUUAGGUAAUAGAUUUUCCUUGAAUCGCAUAAUUGAAUAAAAAUAAGAAAAAAAGAAAACAGUAAUAAUAUUGUUUGUUUUUAUCCUGAGCGCGCGCCUCAGAAAGCCAUUUCAAAGUCAAUUGUCAGAACUGUCACUGCGUUAGCGAAUAGGAAGCAAGGUCAGUCAUACACGUUGGAAUCUUCGACAAAUUUGUUUGUACCUUUUGCUUGUUUUUACAUUUGUUGUCAAACUUUUAAACAAGCUUCACACUAUUUUAAGGAUGAUAGUGGUAUUUCACUGAAUUUAAAAGCUGUUUAUCUCUAACAUCUUUUUUCAAAUUUCCAAAUCAUUUGCUCGAGAAGGAAAAUAAUUUACACCUUUACCUCUUUGGUGGCAAUACUGAAAGAAAUGAAGUGUUCAAGCGAAAGCACUGAAAGUUUGACAUCGCGAUUAAAGGUAUUUAUUUCUUCUUCUGUGUAUAUGACAAUCGACCCAGACACUUCUUCCGUUGUCGAUUCUUCGUCUUGUUUGGUUGAACUUUUGCUUGCCAUUCUCGUUGUCGCGAGCGAAAGAGGGUUUUUAUGCCUCUCCAAGAAUUUUAGUUCAUUUUAAAACAGGGAAGAGCCUCUGGCUUACUUUAAAAAACGCUUUUGUUUGUUUUUAGCUCUUCAAAAGGUGACGAUGGUUUUGAAAACACUUUAAAAUGACAUUGUAGAUAACUUUGUUACAAUAUGACGAUAGUUGUUAUGAUUACGUAGAUGCGAAUCAAUAUCACUUAGCCUCCUUUUCAACUCCCAAUUCUACGCUAAUCCUUCGCUUCGUUGACCAAUCAGAAUGCGAGAUUAUAUUCAAUUGUGCGAUUCCAUUAGACAUUUUUAUGAUAAAGUUUCGACGUAAUGCUGAAUAUUUCUUUCAGACAAGUAUGAUUGUUUACCAAAUUUGAACCGCAGCACUGUCUUCCAACAAACACUUGUUGACUACUUUGUUAUUUGCUAUUUGUUUCAUGCCUUUCAAAUGGAAAAUCUAGUCUUAGUUCUAACCAUUUCUCCGGUAGACAGAUCUAACUAUGCGUCAACUGAUUUUUACUUUUUUCAUAGAUUGGCGAAAAUUUUCGGUUUAUAACGUUCCCGAAACUAAUGAUAAUUAUAUGAUAUUGUUUAAGGAAGUUUACAGGUAGACUAGAAAAGCUAUUUGUAACUAUCUUGUUUGUAGCUUCUGUAAGUAGUUGGUAAUUUUUGCGAAAGCAGUCUCUGUUGAUUUUGAAAACCCUUUUUAAGGCUUCUUUUUCCCUGGGAACAGACGUAGACGAUUAAAAGACAGCUCGGCGUCCGUUGGGAGUUUCGCGCGACCCCUGGAAAGUAAUGUAUGUUGACAUGUUCACAUUCAACCCAAGAUUAAAGAUAAACAAUCCUCACGUAUCAAUAGCUGAUUAACGAAGUAAAAAACGUUUGUGCAAAUAUGUUCUUUGUAUGAUGCAAUCUUUCAAUGUGAGUACACUUCCCCAGUCAAACCUUAAGUUCUGAGUGAUAAGUGCUCUUAUUUCAGUUCCCACGAACACCUCAAGACAGAUUUGUCCUCUACACCUGAACAGAUCGCGCCAUUUGAGUACCAUCAUUUCAGUGCUGUGCUUUCACGUUUCCAGGUCGUGUCCGGUGCAAGGAUCGGCAGCAAUUUUUCGAGGCACUUUUCUGGGAAAUUCGUUACAAUCUAUUCGUAGUUUAACCGAAUUUCCGAAAAUUUUUAUGCAGUUCUGUUUGGAAGAUUAAAAUUCAGUUCAGUUUGUAAUAAUAACAAACCAGCUUUUAACUCGCAGAUGUAUAUUGCAAAAUAGCCGGCACUUCACUGUAAUUAAACAUUUCUUGCUCUUCGGCCUUAACUCAGUCUCGCCUAAAUCGAGAAUCUUUAUAUCUCUUCUUGACAAACUUAGCAAUUCAGUAAAAGUUGUCAAUUAAUAGAUUCGCAAUUUUUGUAAGGCUCUUGGAGUGAAUGUGGUACAAUCAAAGCCCCCCCCCUUCCCCCUUCCCCCUCCCCUGAGGGGGGAAAAUUGGGCUCAGUCGAAAUAACGUAAGAAAUUCAGCUUAGAAAGUGGCGUAUAGUUUAGCGAAACCGGAGCCAUUUGAGACUACACCCUACACAUAUUUAAAAAUAGUUAAAGGUGAUGAUAAUUUUACCAAUCUAAUCUGCGAAGGGAACUUAGUCUGAUCAGGUUGGUACCAGACAACGAUGAUGAAAGAAAUUUUUUUUCACAAUUUUUUGUCCUUUGCAGGAUUGGUCGCCGCAGUUCUUGGUUUAUGGAGACAUGGGUCGAAUUGGAGGAGCUCCCAGUCUCAAACGGCUUAUUAUGGAAGCUAGGUCCGGACACAACACGGCCGCAUUGCAUGUUGGGGACUUCGCCUACGACCUUCAAACUGAUGGAGGACUUGUAAGUAAUGAUGCAGCUUUUUCUAUUCCCUCGAUGUUAUAACCAUAGGCACCCUAAAAGUACACGGUGCGAGUGAAAUUCAAGCAAUAGGAAAUUGUCAGCAUUAAGAUCGGAGAUUUUCUAAUAAACUGUUUCAAACCAACACCAUGUGCCUCCCAAGGCGCUGAGGUAUUAAAUUAUUCUCAUUAAAUGUUAUUGUUUUGGAUCUCUUUUUAGUUUUCCCCUCCUUUUAAAUCCUUUCAUCUCUUUCUAGAAUUUUUUCAUCGUUAACUUGAUUUUUUUCGGCUGAUUUUGUCUUGUUUUGUGAUAAACAGGAAUAAAAUGAACAAUUAAAGGGCCAGAUUCGGGUUGCAAAUCGAUGAAUUGAUACCCAAUCGAGGCGCACUGAUUAAGAUCACUGUCAUGAAAGUGUAGAGCAGCGGAAAACUGUCUGUCGUAGUUCAAAGCUUUCCUUGGCUACCGUUCAUGUGGCUCGAAGCCUCAGUUUCAAGCCUUUCUCGGCAGUUUCGUAGCCUGAGAUCAGUAUUUUCUCUCUUCGGUUUUUCGUUUGUGACAUGCUCACUUGGAAAUUCUUAGUCUCUCUUAUUCUUUACCUACCUCAGAAUGGUGACGCGUUUAUGAACAGAAUUCAGGACAUGGCCGCGUGGAUUCCUUACAUGACAUGUGUUGGAAAUCACGGUAAGAGUUUACUCUUGGUUCUGUAGGAAAACUUCUCAAAUUGUAGAUUGAAAGAGGCUUAGGAAAGUCAUUUAAAUUCAUGAAGAGAACGAACGUUGUCACCAAUAGCCUGUAAUGCAAGCGUCGUAUUAGGACGAGUUAGCGCGGUUACAAGCUUGCGAUCGUUUAUCGGGCUGGAGUGGACGGGUGGGUGGAGAAGGUGGGGAAAGAUGAGACUGCCCUCUUUUGACCGUCGCUUACGCUGUUGUGACAAACUUCUUUCUCUCCCAUCCUCCCCUGUAAAAAUCAAAGCUCUAAAAAUCAAAGAUGGCAGCUAUAGUUUUCAUCAAGAAAAUACUCUGCUCUCACUUGCCAAAAUCACGCCUUCUCUACAGUCCAUAUCACUUAUUAUGAGAUUUACUUCAGUUUUUUCCUUUUGUUGCAGAGAUUCCUUUCAACUUCAGUCAUUACCGAUACAGGUUUUCCAUGCCGCAACUUCAGUGGCCCACUGAAAUCGACAGAAUGUGGUACAGCUUUGACGUCGCUAGAGCUCACUUCAUCGCGUAUGUUUAUCUCAUAUUUUACAUUACUUUUUGAACCCGUUAAGGUAAAAAAUCACGGAGUGGUUCGUGCGUUAUCUGCGUCAUAAAAUUCAGCGCCAAAAAAAAAACCCGAGGUCGUUGUCAGGUCAUGGAAAAUGUCUUCUCUGAUCAACCUCACCAGAAUACUGAAACAUCAUGACAGCUUCUUGUUUUACGGACAGCCCCCUUCAUUUCAUGCGGUAGUCCCCCAUCUUUAUUUUUCCCCCCCUCCCCCCUCCCCCCCCCCUCACCAGGUACAGCAACUUGUGCUGAGUUGGGAACUCUAAACCAUAAAUCAGAUUCAUUGGAUGGAAUUCGAACGAAUUUUAUUUUUAUUUUCUCUUGAUUUUUUAUUUCCAUUUGUUUUCCUCACAGUUACUCGUCUGAAGUAUACUUCACCAACGGCUCCAUUCAGGGUCAACUCGAGUGGUUAACCAACGACCUUAAAAAGGCGAAUCAGCCCGAGAACCGUGCUAAGCGUCCUUGGAUAAUUGCAUUUGGUCACAGACCAAUGUACUGUUCAAAUAUUGAUAAAGAUGAUUGUACCACGCUUCACUCUGUGGUUAGACACAGGUUGGUUACGCCCCUCCCCCCAUUUUUUUUUCUCUCUGCGACAUGUGAAAUAACAUUUUAGUACGAGGUCCCGGAGGUCUCGAAUGCGAUAUAGUUUUAGGUAGUUUUUUUUUUCAAGAUGUUAAAAUCCUGACCCAGUUCCUUUUGAAAAGAAUAAUGGAAACUUAAAACAGGUUAAUCUAAACAAGCGUAAAUGAAGGCUAAGGUUAGCGCAGAGGACAACGGGCGUCGAUGAUAUUGCCAACAGAACAGCGUUUGAAGGAGUGAAAGUCUUUAGAGAGAGGUGAUCAAAGAAUCCUACAGCAUAGAAGGUACAGAUCAUGCGUGCAAAGAAAAAGCCUUUUGAAAAAAACCAAACAGCAAGCAAAGUAUACGCGUGGAAACAUUUAACGGGAAGUAAGCUUGGAAAACACAGAGAUCAUGGUGACAUCGGUGAACUUUUAAGGUAUCAAAUUGUCCCAAAAAACAAUUUUAUGGGUCAAAACUUUCCCUUGCUUGACGAUGCUUGAGUUAAUGUAAUGCACAAUACUUCUACGAUAACGGAGAGCGAACAAUUAGAUGGUGAAUUCGAACCAGUUUUGUGUUUGUGUUUUUCUUUAGCUUGGAACCGUUGUUUUUCCAGUACGGUGUAGACAUUAUCAUCGAAGCGCAUGAACACUCGUACGAACGCCUCUGGCCAGUGUUCAACGACACAGUAACAGCCCACAACUACAGCAAUCCAAAGGCCCCAGUCCACCUGAUAUCGGGCGCAGCAGGCUGCAAUGAGGCUUAUGGAAUAUGCGUGAAUCCCAUGUUAGGACCUAGAGGUAUGCAAUAUUUUAUUAGCUGGUAUGAAUGAGUGUGUUUUCCUUGGUUGUGGAUUUCCAAAUCAAGGGCGGUUUAAUAUAUAAUAGGUAGCACUGUUGCCCUUCAAGAAAAUCGAGGGUCGCCGUGCUAAAUCUUCAUAGUAUAGUCUCGCUAUCCAGAACUUAAGCCGCUGCUUCUUUUUGCGGUCGUAAAGUUGUGGUUUGUUCUAAAUAAUUCGCGUCCUUGGUACCUCAAACCGUUUUCACCAGCUCUACCGCAGUUUCCUAAUAAUUAUCCUAUCUUAAAAUAUGCUUCGGUUUCGAAAUUUAGAAAGAGUCUCAUGCAAUUAAAACUGCUCGGGAAGCCGCUUUCUAUUUAUUAAAGGCAUCACUUCAAAAACGUGUCAGGCUUUAGUCAAGAGCGUCUCGUUAUUUGUGCUGCUAAGGGUCAAGAUCUGAAAUCCUUGUGAACUUUGUGGAUCCAGCCAAUACAAAUUAGAGGUAAUACGUUUGGUAGAGUUUUUUUCUAGUUUGUUAAAUUUAGGACGCGGCUAUUUCGUUAGUUAAAGAAUAGUACUUUAUCGCAUACUAUCUUGCUUGUAAAACUUUACUUCGGAGAAGAAUUACCACCUCUAUAUUCUACAUUCGACAAGAACUUUCGUCGAUAAGCUGCAACCCCUCUGCAUUCGUGGUUCUUCGAACGACCACCAGUACAUUUAAAAUGGUGGUCGUUCAGAACAAAACGCCAGUAUAGCAACGAAAAUGGAGACGUAGUAUCCACUUGUGCAGAUUUUUGACGUUGGAGGUCCAUCUUUGGUCAAAAAUAAUUUUAUCUUUCUUGACAAGGAAAUCAACUAUUCGCUGAGUUCCGCCUCUAGUUUUUUUUUUUUCAAGAAAUAAACUCAGCAGAAGGCAUCUGGAAAGUCAUUUCGUGAUCUGCUAAAGCUCUACCAAAAAAGAGUAACAGAGCGUCCUUUGUUGAAGAUACCAUGCGCCUGGCUGGUUAUCAACCUCUGUAGAGUUUCUGGAGAAGUGAUUUUUAUAAGUGUGGAAUAACUUAUUUCAGAAAAGAAUCGGCGGCGUCUGCAUUUGAAAUGCUGGACAGAGGAAGUAUCUUGGUAAUCUUACCGUUCACUUGGUCACCACACCUUCAUUUAUUGACAAAUUAAUCCCGUGCAGUGGGGGUCUGGUGCUAACAUUCGUUUACCUUCAAAACUGCAUCGUACUGUGAUUUCUGUUCAAGAUUUGUUGGAAAGUGCAAGAUAUUGAGGAAGUCCUGAGUAAAUUCAUUUUAAUAGGUGGCAUUCAUUUGUGACUAGCAAAGUCUCGUCAUGGAUUCCAGAUCAGCUGAACCACUCGCAGGACAACGUGCUGUUUUUCAAACAGAUUAGAACUGGCGCCAUUCUUGUUUUGAUUGUUUGUUUGUUUUUUAAGCAAUUUUAUACAUUUUGUAAAUAUGUUUGCGAUUUCAUUUUUGGACUCCAGUCUCAGCCUUAAUUUCAGUUUGAAUUAUGGGUCAACUGUAGAUUUGGUGUUAACUACAAUCGACACAUUUAACGUGAAUCAAUCUUAAGAAGAUGUCUACUCCUUCUUCAAUAUCAAAACAAAAAAAAACUUUCUCUAUGUUAUGCAAUUUUCCGAGUUAACGUGACUGUGGAAUGAAAAAAAAGUUGCAAGGUGAAUUCCUUUCUUUGCAGAUCACCACUGCUUGCUUCUCGAGGCUUUCCUUAUUUUUAUAUUUCUAGAUAACACGAAUUGAUCUUUUAAUAACAUGGUGCCUUAAGGGGCUACAUCGUAGAUUGUUCUACUUGAAAACUGUAGAUUUCAGCGCAUAAUCCUCGCUCAUCUUCCCUCUCCAACAUAAUGAAAUGUCCCGACGUAGACUCUUGGAAUAGAUUACAAGUGUUAAUCGUCGUCUUUCGUCAGGUCCCUGGUCCGCCUUCCGCAAGUGGUUUCCAGGCAAUGCUGGUUACGGUAAACUGAGGAUUGAGAACUCUACUCAUGUGUACUGGGAACAAAUUGAAGCUUAUGAUGGUUCGGUUACAGACAGUAUAUGGAUUAAACAGGAACACCACGGGCCUUUCAAACCCCUGGAUCCGUGAUUAUAGUAGGAGACAGAGGGUAACAGCACAAAGUACAGGACACUGUAUAUUUAAACUAGAAUUUCGCUGACCAGCUACUUUACGAGGAAUCAUUCAAUGGAACUCAAAAUGUUAUUUAUUCCAAAACAUACAGUACAACGUUUAUAUUUUUAGCACUCUUUAACUGCUUAACAAAAUUUUGGAGAGAUUUCGAAGUUUCUAUUCUUCAAAAAUGUUCGCACUGAAUGUAAUAAAAUUUAAGUAGUAUCAUAUUGAACUGGAGCUCCAAAAGUCAUCUGGAUGGUGUCAGAUUGAACGAAAAAUAUUUCUUAUUUAAGACUAUAAUCUCGAACUGCUACGAUCAUGUACUCUCGAACUGCUACGAUCAUGUACGGGACUCUUAUUGUAAGAAUUGAAUUUUAAAUACAUUUAAGAUUCUUUUUCGGCUUCGUAUAUAUAUGUAACCACCUUUCCACCGCCUUAGUGCACUCGUGUGCGGGCGUUUGAUAUUUUAGAUGUGUAAGACGCGAUGCAUUACUUCGAUGUGUGAUGGUGGGUCAAAGGGGAGCAAAGUCAUUUGACGGGGAACUAAUAGAUAAUAAACAUGGAUUGUGCUGUUGUGUCGGGUUUUAAGGAACAAAUGGCGACAUCGCAGUCAUUUAAACGAUCUUAGGAGCAUGUAAAAUCAUUCUAUUUCUCGUACAGUAUAUGAAGCAGGUUUUUACCAAAGAAAUUGUGUAUGAAAGGUGGAGUUUUUUUUAAUAAAGUACUCGUUUGUCAGG